AUGGAAUGCUGUGUGAUGCUUGACGACAGGGGCGUAGAGGAUGCAGGUCUGUUGUUACCACCAGCAUUGGAUGGAGAGAUGUGGACUAAACGACGACGACGGAGACUAGAUUGUUUAGGGGCCAUAAACGAUACUCAUGUUCGUGUAAAGGUGUCAAGAUGUGAUGCUCCUAGAUUUCGAGGAAGAAAAGAUUGGCCAACAGAAAAUGUGUUUGCGGCGUGUGAUUUUGACAUGAAAUUCACAUACGUUCUUGCUGGGUGGGAAGGCACUACAUCUGAUUCUAGAAUUUUAAAAAAUGCUCUUGAUCGAGAUGAUCCGUUGGUUAUCCCCCAAGGCAAAUACUAUCUUGGUGAUGCUGGAUUUAUGUUGAAAAGCACAAUCUUGACACCAUACAGAGGCGUAAGAUAUCAUCUUAAAGAAUAUACACAAAGAGGACCACAAAACGCACGGGAGUUGUUUAAUCAUCGACAUUCAUCGUUGAGAAAUGUUAUUGAAAGAACUUUUGGUGUGUUGAAAAAAAGAUUUCCUAUCAUUGCAAGUGGCACUGAACCGCACUAUGAUUUGGAGACAAUGACCGACAUCAUACUAACUUGUUGUAUCUUACACAACUUCCUUCGUGGCAUGGAUAACGAUGACUCAUUACUUGAUGAAGUUGAUAACGAGUUGAAUGAAAGGGAAGACCAUAAUGUUUCUUCAUCUCAAGUUAGAGAAGACGACCAUACGAUUGGUAGUAGUAUAAGGGAUUCUAUAGCGGAUCAUAUGUGGCGAGAUUAUCAAAACUCGUAUAAAAUGAACAGAGGUAAGGCAGCCGCCACUGAGUCCUCUGGUCCUACUAGAGAGUUCAUGAAGUGGACAGAGGACAUGGACGCACGUCUUCUACACUCUAUGAUUGAGGAAUCACGAAUCGGUAAUAGGAUUGACGGAAGUUGGACAUCCCAAGCAUAUAGUAAUAUAGUUGAUCAUCUUCAUAGCUCUGGUAUGACAUUUCAUGCUGAGGAUGAAGUUUGGAGGGACCUGAUUCAGUCGAGGCUAACGGCGGCAAAGUGGAGAGUUAAUAGUAUAAAACACUACGAUUUAAUGGUCGAGUUAUGGGCAGCUGAUCGAGCUACUGGGAGUGGUGUUCAGACUGCUCGUCAAGCACGUCGACAACGUGUUGGGCCUCGUGUCAAUGUUGAUUUGAAUCAAAAUAUUGAGUACAUUCCAGAACAGCCUGAUUGGACGAGGUACAGAGACCCAACUCCACCAUCACCUCCUCCAUCUGUGGAUGAAUAUAGUCUAGGACAGACUCAAUCUGUGCCUUCCGUCCCAUCCGGUGGAAUUUCAUCCUCACGAGGCUCGAAAAGGAAGGCACUUAUGGUCGAUGUUAUUGAUUCUCAGUUUGAUAAGUUGACGACCAGCCUCGAUGGUUUCGCAAAUGUGCUUAGCUCAUCAAAUGUUCAUUUCGGUCUGAUCUCUGAUGCAGUCGUGCGUCAAGUCUCAGCAAUGGAAGAUAGAUAUCAAAUACUCCGUCGUAGCUCGACGUACACAUACACAAAGGGUGACAUUUAUGAAAUGUUGAGUGGUAUGAACAUUGUUGAUGAAAACUUGCUUGACCAAUGUUAUGAUUUCUUAUGUGCAAACCCCACAUGUACAAAGAGGUUGAUGGGACUUCCACCACACAAGCGGUGGAAUAAAUUAUGUAAAAUGAUCUCGGGAGGUGACUGUUAG